ACACCGGGAACCCGGCUCACCGGCGGAGGAUUUGACUCUCGAGACAACUCCGACAGCGUUUUGCCUCCGGGGGGUUAGUGGACCCCCCCUCCUUCUCCCUUCUGAUCCAGGACCAGCCGCUGGCCACACUGCCGGACCGGCUGAACGGGGGACCGGGAGCGAAUCUGCGGAGCGACACACAAUGGCAACCGGUGCGCUCGUGCUCGUCUGCGCGCUGCUUGCCGGUGUCGCCGUGGCCCAGAGAGUGGUGACGGUGCAGAGCGGGCCGCUGGUACGGACCGAGGGCUCCCACGUGACCAUCUGGUGCAACGUGACGGGCUACAAAGAGGGCGUGGAGCAGGACUUCGAGUGGUCCAUGUACCUGCCGUCGGUGCCGGACCGGGAGAUCCGCAUCGUGAGCACGGCGCAGUCGAACUACGCGUACGCCGUGUACGCCCAGAGGGUGAACAGCAAGGAGAUCUUUGUGGAGAGGCUGAGCCGCGACUCGGCUCUGCUGCACAUCACCAAAGUGCAGGCGAGGGACCAAGGCCUGUUUGAGUGUUACACGCCCAACACGGACGGGCGCUACCUGGGAUCCUACAGCGCACGCACCAACCUCACGGUCAUCGCUGACUCUUUGACGGUCACCGCUCCGGCCCAGACUCUGUCCAAAGUGGAGGGCGACACGUUGCAGCUCACCUGCGAGGUGUCCAGGACCACCAUGCAGCACACUCACCUGUCGGUGGGCUGGUACCUGCGAUCGCCGGAGGACGCCGCCGCCCCGCCCCAGGAGCUGGUCACCUUGUCCAGGGACUUUGUUCUGCGCUCCGGGGGACCGUAUCGGCAGAGGAUGGCGGCGGGGGACCUGAGGCUGGAUAAAACCAGCGCUACCGCCUACAGGCUGACCAUUCACAAGCUGCAGCCCGUGGACCAGGGACUCCUCUACUGCCAGGCCGCAGAGUGGAUUCAGGACUCGGACGGGAGCUGGUUCGCCAUGACCCGGAAACAGAGCGAUAAGACUCAGCUCCGGAUUCAACCCACUGACCGGGACUUCAGCAUCCAGGUGAGCACGGAGCGACGGUCCUUCACGGCCGGUGAGCCGCUGGAGCUUCGCUGCACCAUUGAGGCGCAGAAUGUCCCCGAGCGUUUCUUCUCGGUGUCGUGGGUCUUCAGCAGCUCACCGGUGGCCGUGGUGGGCCCCAGUGCCGUGCCCGUCCUGGGCCCGGACUACGUGGCCCGCGAGGCGGCCGGCCUCAUGACCGUGCGCAAGGAGAGCGCCAACGUCCACCUGCUCAAGCUGCAGCGCCUGCGCCCCGAGGACGCCGGGAAGUACAUCUGCCGCGUAACGGAGCGGGAGAAGACGCCCACGGGAGACUUUAUCGACCGCAGCAAGAGGUCCCGCAAUGUCCAGAUCACAGUCCAGCCACUCAAGAGCAACAUCACCGUGUCCCUGUCCAGUAACUCCUCGGAGGUCCUGGAGGGCGACGUGAUCCAGCUGAGCUGCUCGGUUCAGUCCACCACGGGCCCGCUGUCGGUCCUCUGGCAGUGGACAGACAAGCAGAGAACCGAGCCGGCGCAGGACGUGGCCUCCGUGGACCGAGACGGCACGGUGUGGCACCGCCCCGCCUACAGAGAACGCUCCACCUACGGCGAAAUCCGCGCGGAGAAGGUGCAGGGCGACACGUUCUCGCUGUCCCUGUACAACGCCUUACCCGGGGAUGAAGGCGAGUACCGCUGCAUCGUCACCGAGUGGAUUCAGGCCGGCGCCGAACCGGAGCUGACCUGGGAGAAGGUCGGAGAGAAGUCGGCCACCAGGACGGUUUCUGUCAAGACGGUCGAAUCCUCCUUCAUGGUGUCCGCCUCGUCACGGACGCCUUCCAUUUCCUUCGGAGAUUCCUUCGACCUCCUGUGUUUGGUCAAGCCUCGCCACAAUCCCCGUGUCCCCACGUCCGUCACCUGGCGGUUCAUGCCGGCCGGCGCGGAAGCCGACGAGGAGGAUCGGGGAGAGUUCAAAGACCUGGUGACCUUCACCCGCGAGGGGACGCUGCAGUGGGGGGAGCAGCUGCUGGGGCUGGGCACGCGCACCACGGUGGACCGCUCCCACUCCAACACCAACUUCCGGCUGUCGGUGACCCGCGCCGGGCGCCGGGAGGCGGGAAAGUACCAGUGCACCGCCGUGCUGUGGAGGAAGAACUACGACAACAGCUGGAGCAGAGUGGCCAACCGCACCUCCAACCUGCUGGGCAUCAGCGUUCUGCAGCCAGAGAGCAAGCUGAAAGUGCAAAAGAACAACCAGUCGCGGGUGUACCUGGAGGACAGCCGCGUCAGGAUCAAUUGCUCCAUCGCCUCUCAGACCAGCCCGGACUCCCAGCAUGCCGUGCUGUGGUACGUGAGGCGCGCGACGGGCUCGGAGGCCGACGAGCUCCUCCUGAGGAUCGAGCGCUCGGGGGCCUUCGAGUACGGCGCGUACGCGGACGAGGAGCGGCUGCGGCGGCGCGUGCAGGCCGAGCGGCUGUCGCCGCGCCUCUACGUGCUGACGCUGAACCGGGCGGAGAGCAGCGACUCCGGCACCUACUACUGCCUGGUGGAGGAGUGGCUCAGCGACCCCGACGGAGCCUGGUAUCGACUUUCCCGGGAGUCGUCGGGGUUCACGCAGGUUCUGGUCAAACAGCCAGACGUUCGGCUGCAGGUGGAGGAAGUGGAGUCGAACAUCACGGUGGAGGAGUCCGCCUCCAUCCGGCUGGGCUGCAGCAUCCCCUCGCAGUCCUCCAGGGACUCCCGCUUCUCCGUGUCCUGGUACGUGGAGCGCUCCGAGGACGAGGACGGCGACGGCCAGCCGGGGGACGACGACAGGGAGGGGGACUGCGUCUUCUCCAUCGGCCACGACGCCGUUUUCGGAAACGGGAACUGCAGCCCCAGGGAGGAGGCGGGGCCAAACUCCCGCCUGCAGUUCGAGAGGAUGGCGUCCGACCAGUACAGCCUCACCAUUCAAGGUGCCCGGCCGACAGAUGCCGGCCGAUACUACUGCCAUGUUGAGGAGUGGCUUCUCAACCCCCGCAAUGCCUGGUACCACCUGGCCACCAACAACUCCGGGUUCAUUUUUGUCAGAGUACGGCAGCGAGUGUCCACCCUCCAGUCGGUGGUGUGCGCCAACGACUCCCUCUUCUACUUCGUCUUCUUCUACCCCUUCCCCAUCUUCGGCAUCCUCCUCAUCGCCGUGCUGCUGGUGCGCUACAAGAGCCGCAACAACAACAAAAGCCAGGAGGGCAAGAACGGCGCCCCCCUCCUGUGGAUUAAAGAGCCGCACCUGAGCUACUCCCCGACCUGCCUCGACCCGCCCGCGCUGAGCCUGCACCCCGGCUCGGUCGACUAAGCCAGGAAGGGGUUCGAACCCCCACCCCUCCUGCCUCAUAUUUACGUCGUGGAUUCAGCCGAUAGAACGCCAGGGAGCAGAUCUGGACUCCGCCCUCAGACCUUAUUGUCAUUCACUGCUGUGUUGAGUUAGCUCUAAAGAUUCCCUCCCCUGGUGGCUGUUUGUUUUCUGUUAACAGAUGUGUGUGUGUGUGUGUGUGUGUGUGUGUGUGUGUGUGUGUGCGUGCGUGCGUGAAGACUGUGUGGACGAGAGCGAGCGCACCAUGUUGACGCGGAUGUCCGCUCGAUUGGGAAUUGAAGGUCAGGAGAGUCUUGUGAGCCUCUCUCAUCUCUGUGAAACUUAAUCUCACACCUGCAUUUUGAUUUUUAUUAAUCUAAAUAUCUGUCUAUUUUUCAAAAAAACAAACAAAAACAACAAACUGCACCUGAAAUCGAUGACCAAUCCGGGAAGAACAUGCAGGAGAAGGAACUCUAUAAUGAACUUUGGCGCUAAGUGGAUGCCAAAAA